AUGGCGACCUCAACCAAGAACAAGCGCGACAAGGUCUGGCUCACUUGGUUCAUCAUCCAGAUCGUCAUCAUAUUCCUCAUCGACGCCGUGCAAUUCUACCCGCCGCAGUUGUACAAGACACCGGAAAGCCCGCUAUACUUCCUGCAGCAGAUAAAGGACUUCUAUGUUGCGACUUACAAUGACCCGCUCGUCCAGCCCGAGACGGAGCCGAACUGGAUGCACAUGGUCUCAGUCGUCGAGAUCGGCUUCCAACUGCCCGUCGCCCUCUACGCUGCCUGGAAGCUGAGCGGUAAGAAGGGCACAUCGGGCCCGUUUGAGCUGCUGCUGCUGGUGUAUGCUUUUGAGACCGCGUUCAGCACGCUGCUGUGCAUCAAUGAUGUGUUCUAUUGGGACCCGGCUGUGUACUCGCGGGAGCAGAAGAAUGUAUUCCUGUUCCAGCUGUACGGCGCGUGGCUUGUCAUUCCUGCGGUGAUGUUCGUGGACAUGUACUGGAGGCUGUACAGCCGGCUCUCGGUGACGGACACUAUCAAGAAGACGCAGUAG